CUAUCCUGUCUCUUCUGCACUGCCUCUGCAUCCCACUCACCCUGCUCCUCCCACUCCAACUCUUCCUCCUCCUCCUCUCUACAGCAUCAUUAGACAGGACUACAGAUUGACCGGGACUGGCAAGUGGUGGAUGGUCAGGGUUUUUUUUUUUUUUUUACCCCAGCUGAAGGAUUUCUUCUGUGGCUAUGCUACAUCUGCACCCUGGCUGCUGGCUGGAUUGUAACUGACUUCCGGAGCUUGAAAAUAGCACCGAAGCGUACGAGGAAUCUCGGAUGUGUGUGUGGCAUUCUGUACCAGUGUUGUCGCUGGUGCAUUUCCUUUUUUUUUUUUUUUUUCCUGCUGGUUGUUUUUGCCUUCUCAGAGACUGGCUAGCAGGCACUGCAGCAUCAGGACCGCAAGAUCCAUGAAGGGGUAGGGCAUGAGGACCCAGGGGCAACCCUAAGGAAGGGCUUGAGUACUUCCAUUGGUACCACUGCUGAGCUGAGCGUUUGGGACAGCAGGUGGAAAAGAAGAUGCUUAUGGCCCGAGACACGGCCCGUGAUGAGGCUCAAAAGCUACACAGGAAGUGGCUGAAGCACCAGGCCUUUAUGGCAGAGCUGGCCCGCAAUAAGGAAUGGCUGGCCAAGAUAGAACAGGAGGGUCAGGAGCUGAUCCAGGAGAAGCCGGAGCUACGUCCGGUCGUGCAGCAGAAACUGGAGGAGAUCAGAGAGUGCUGGUCGGACCUGGAGACCACCACCAAGGCCAAGGCCCGCCAGCUCUUUGAGAACAACAAACCCGAGCCAGCGGUGAAGAGCUACUCGGACCUGGACAGCCAGCUCUCCCACCUGGAGCAGCAGCCCCCCCAGCUGGAACAUGCACACCAACUUCCCACCUUCAAUGAGCAGCUCCAGAAAUUCCAGGCGAUGGAGUCUCAGAUUGGGGACUUCUACAAGGACAUGGGGGAGCUGGGAGGCCUGCAGGGCCUUAGCCUUCCCCAGCGAGGCCUGGUGGCGGGCGACAAGGAGGGCGGUGAGCAGUCAGGUGAGGUGGAGACCCGCAUCGUUCGCCUUAUCGAGCCUCUGAAGGAGCGGCGCCGCAUCCUGCUGGCUUCCAAGGAAAUGCACCAGGUUGCCCAGGAUCUGGAAGAUGAAAUUAUGUGGAUCCAAGAAAGGCUUCCUUUAGCAUCGUGUAAGGAUUAUGGGAAUAACCUCCAGAGUGUGCAGCAGCAUGUCAAAAAACACCAGACGCUCCAGAGAGAGCUGACAGGGCGGCGGGCUCGGAUUGAGGAGGUCUUGGAUCGGGCCGCCAUCAUUGCCUCGCUAAGAACUCCAGAGGUGGACUUUGUGCGUGAGGGAGCAGGGCACGUGCGCCAGCUGUGGGAAGUGCUGCAGCUGGAGACGGAGAGGCGCUCCGUGAUGCUGGACGCCGCCCUGCAGUCUCAGCAGUACUACAGCGAGGCCGCUAAGGUGGAGUCCUGGCUGUCGGGGCAGAAGCUCCACGUCGCCAAUGAAGAGAAAGGCACGGAUGAGGCGAGCACCCUGCAGCUGCUGAAGGCUCACCUGGCUCUGGAGCAAACAGUGGAAACGUAUGCAGAGACCGUAGGCAUGCUCUCCCAGCAAUGCCAGCAUUUACUGGAACUGGGACACCCAGAGAGUGAGCAGAUUACUAAGCAGCAGUCCCACAUCGACCGACUGUAUGUGUCCCUGAAAGACAUGGUGGAGCACAGAAAAACCAAACUGGAGCAGCAGUACUGGCUCUACCAGCUCAACAAGGAAGUUGAGGAGUUAGAGAAAUGGAUCACUGAGCGUGAGGUCGUGGCGAGUUCCACUGAGCUGGGCCACGACCUUGAGGAAGUGACGGUGCUUCAAGAGAGGUUCACCAAGUUUGCCUCAGAAACCAACAGCGUCGGCGAGCAGCGCAUGGAGCAGGUGAACAAAAUGGUGAACGAGAUGAUCGACUGCGGCCACUCGGAUGCAGCCACCAUCGCCGAGUGGAAGGACGGCCUGAAUGAGUCAUGGGCCGACCUCCUGGAGCUCAUGGAGACGCGCAGGCAGAUGCUGGCCGCAUCCCAACAGCUGCACAAGUUCUUCACCGACUGCAAAGAGGUCUUGGCUCAGAUCACAGGGAAGAUGAAGCAGCUGCCAGAGGUGAGGGCGUGCCAGGCCAACAUUACCAAUCCAGCCACCCUGCAGAGACUCAUGCACUCCUUUGAGCAUGCCCUUCAACUGCUGGUUGCACAGGUGAGGCAACUCCAGGAGAACGCUGCCCAGCUCAGGACCAUCUAUGCUGGCGAAAAGGCAGAGGCCAUCAUGGUGAAAGAGCAGGAAGUAAUGGACGCUUGGAAGGAACUGCUGAGCUCCUGCGAGGCCAGUCGCAUCCAGGUGACCUCCGUAACUGACAAGGUGCAGUUCUUCUCGGUGGUGCGUGAAAACCUAAUGUGGAUGGAAGGCAUCAUGGGCCAAAUAAGAUGGGAUGAGCCAAGGGAUCUGACGGCUCUGGAAGUGAUGAUGAAACAUCACCAGGAUCUAAAAGCCAAAGUAGACGGCCGCAGCAAGACCAUCCAACAGUGUGCAGACCUCGGCAAGAUUUUGAUAGCUGCAGGCAACCCAGCGUCAGAGGAGAUACAAGAGAAGUUGGACAGUCUACUCACAAAGCAGAAGGAUCUGGUUGAAAAAUGGGACAAACACCAGGAAAGGUUACUACGCAAGCAAGAACACUUCCAGUUUGCCCAGGAGACAGUAAAGGCAGAAGCCUGGCUGAAAGCCAAGGAGCCACUGAUGAGCUCCAAGCAGCAAGAGGGAGAAGAGGCCCAGGCCCAAACAGAUGAGGUUGAGCAGCUCAUACUUCGCCACGAGGCCUUCCGCAAGGCCGCUGUAACCUGGAAAGAACGCUUCAGCUCCCUCCGCCAGCUUUCCGCAGCCGAGAAGAAAAAAGAGGAGGAAAAAAAGACAACCCCACUCUCCAGUCGACGAAUGUUCCCGUUAUCAUGUCUGACUCCCAGUGUCCCUUCAACCAGUGCUACCUCUUCUUACUUGAGGCAGACAAUACAGGCUCAAAUAGAACCCAAACCCUUCCAGACCAGUUUUGACCUGGGUACCAGCUCUGCAACCCAGAGAUUGUCUACAACACUCGCCAGCUAUAAUCCAGUUAUUAACGGUUCAGGCUACCAUGGACUGGAGCAACAGUCUGCUGGAAAAGCAGGACACAACUCAUACCUUGGGAUGAACCAACAGGUGCCUGGAGCUGGAAGUGACUCUGGCUUAUCAGCAUCCCAGAGUGGAGGGGCAGACAGCUGUACUUACCAUGGAAUAAACCACCAAACUCCUGGUAGUGCAGAGAGUUCUGGAUACUUUGGAGUGACCACAGGGUGUUUGGGUAGUUUGCAAAAUCAUCUAGGUGCUGGUAAGUUAGGCAGUUCAGGGAACAUAGCUCAGCAGCCAAGCAGUGGCGGUAUGGUAAGCCCUAGCUUUUUGCCUCAACAAAAUAUGGGAAGUUCUGGAUACUUGGCCCAACCACAGAAUUUGGGAAGUUCGGGAUAUCUUGGACAGCAAUCUAAUAUGGGAAGCUCCGGAUAUUUGGCACAGCAGCCUAAUCUGGGGAGCUCUGGGUAUUUGGCUCAACAGUCGAAUUUGGGUAGUUCUGGGUAUUUGGCACAGCAGCCUAAUCUGGGGAGUUCUGGAUAUUUGGCACAACAGCCUAAUCUGGGUAGUUCUGGGUAUUUGGCACAACAGCCUAAUCUGGGUAGUACUGGGUAUUUGGCACAACAGCCUAAUUUGGGGAGUUCAGGAUACCUACCGCAGAAUUACCAGGGCAGUGGUGGAAUGGGAAGCUCGGGGCUUUUGGCACAAAAUCAUUACAGCAGCGGAAGUCUGGGCAGCUCUGGUUUUCUGGCCCAGAGUGGAGGCAUCAUGGACCCUAAAAUGGCAUACGCAUGGCAGCACCUGAAAGCUGACUUCAUGCAGCCCAGGAUCAACCACAUCCACAAAGCUAUAAAUCCUCUCUUAGAGGCCAGCAGACUGCAGCGAGAACAGUUCGGAGACAUCCCAAUGGCAGACAUGGUGGGACCAGAAUCAGGACUGGAGCUUCUCCAUGGCCGUCUCCAGAGGGAUCCCCGGGGCAGUCGCUCGGAUCCACAGAUGGAUCAUCUGAGGCGGGAAAGGGAGUACAAGCUGGGAAGACAGACCUCUAGUGAACAGGAAAUCCAGGCCAGGCUGAAUGAGCUGCCGCUAAUAGUGCGGCAGGAACGCUACAGAAGGCGCGUAGAGCGGCAGUCGUCCAGUGAACAAGAGGGAAGCAACAAGCAGAGGAUACAGAGACAGGACUCCAGUGACAUGGAGGGCUCUGUGAAGGACGGCUCUGACAAACGCUCAGGGGAGAAGAGAUCUACGAUGGCGGAAAUUGUAGAACAAGUCCAGGAAAGAGAGGCGGCACAUGCACGUGGCGAGCCUUAUCGUCCUCCUAGCAGCCUCUCAGCACCUGUGACUCGUUUUGAUGGACGCCCCCGCGCCCGAGACCGUCCCAAGCCUAGGAGGCGGCCCCGUCCAAAAGAGCCUGAGACAACUCGUCGUUCUCGUUCGGCCCCGGCAACUGGUGCCCCAACCACACCUCAGCCUCCAUCACACACUGCCCAAAAUGAAGGCUUCCUCUACCGUAAAAAGGCCACCAGCACUGACCUUGAAGCUCAGCAGAGGAGCCCUAACAGCAAAUCAUGGGCGAACGUAUACUGUGUGCUGAAGGAGGGAAAGUUGACUUUCUACAAGGAUGCUAAGAAUCUGACUGCAACAUACAACGGGGAGCCUUCUGUUGACAUGAGUGACUGCAAGUUUGAUCCUUCAAUGGGCUACAAGAAGAAGAAAAAUGUCUUCAUACUUCAAGUAAAUGAUGGAACCAACUUUGUAUUCCAUGCUAAAGAUGAGGAGGACCUGAAGGCAUGGACCUCAAGUAUCUCCAUAAGCAUUGCUGAGCAUGACGACCUGGCCAAGUGGGACAAACCUAGCACCUCGUCCAUGGACCCCGACCGCUCAGAGAGGAAGGAGAAGUCAGAGGGGGACGCAGAUGCCAGGUCAGAGAGGUCCGAGCUGGUGGAGGGGGAGGAGAGGUCCGAGAAAGGCGAGGGCUCUGAAAAGCUAGACACAUCUGAAAUAGCUGACAAGCUGGAGGGUGGAGCAGGGGGCUCCAGCACAUCUGGCAGGAGCAAAUGAUCAAUCCCUUUGUGUUAUAAUGUUAUUGUUAAAUGUCACCGACAAAAGACAAAGGAAGCAGGGGGUGGGAGGGAGGGAUAAGUGGAGAGCAUGUUUGCAGACCCUCCGUCACAGAGGCUAAAAACCCUCUGAGGCCACGGUUCCUGGACUGACUGCUGUAACUGUGACCAGACUAAUCUCUCAGCCCCUCCCCUUCACUCGGGCAAUACAUCCGUGCUUGCAUAGUGCCACCUGCUGGUUGAUAACGGAGAUCAAGUCCAGACAGACAGACAGUCUCCAAUAAAUGGUCCCAGGAAUUAGUCACUGUCACUUUCCAUUGCUGAUUGUUUGAUCUAAUGAAUUCACAGCAUCUUUCUGUAUGUAUCUCUGAAAAUGUAACGCUCUGUCUAACAAGACAAAUCCGAGAAGCAGUGAAUGAAAUGUUUCAUGUCAAUAUGGAGGAGAAAAAAAAAACUUUUUUUUUUAAGCAAUAUACUUUGUUUUUAUUUUUUCCCCUUUGCCAGAGAAACAAAGAGGGGAUGAAACAAAAAGUAAUUUAAAAAAAAAAAAGAUGAAAGCUACAAUUUGUCUCUUAAACCUUCUCCAGGCAGUUGUGCACCUUACCACUUGACACAUCUGUACAGUAGACAUGACAUUUACCCCCUUCACAUGGCUAGCUUUGGAUCAUGUUAAUAUAUUGGAAUGCUGGUGUCACCACCUAACUUCAGUGGAGUCAGUGAAAACACAUUUCUACCGUUUCAUUUUGGUUUAUAUUACAAUUAUUAAACUUAUUUGUCCACAAUGUUUUAUGUGUCAAGAAAAGAGAUUCCAACAAACUUUCAACCCAUUAACCCGAGGUGUGUAACACUAAGCCUAUGAGACAAAAUGCCUUUGUAUACAUGACAAAACUUGGAACAUUGCAUGAAAUGGUCUGUUACUGCACCUGUUAAACUUGCCUUUAUUUUUCUGAUCUUGUCACAGAACAGGCGAUGAGGGAGUUGCAAUAAUUUAACGUGAGCUCGGGUUAAGACGGGGGCGGAGUCGAGAGGGACGUUUCAAAAGCAGGGUUCGUCUUUUGCCUACUGAGCAGCAACAAAAAAAAACAAACAAACAAAAAAAAAACACAACAAAAAAACGGGGGGGCUGUUUGGAACGCAGAAACAGCAGCUCUCCAAAGCCCAAACAGCCCCUCUGCUGUCUGUAAUUUGUUAGUGCAAAUUUAGUUUCCACAGAAUGUACUGAUAUCAGCUGUGAAAUGUUCAAUCGCCAUCAGACGAGAGUCGGUGGUGCCCUAAAUUGUAACGCCCUUAAGUCGUGCUCUUUGCCCCGUGUCCUUUCAUUCAGAGUUUAAACCGAUUGAAGCCUCUCCACCAAAGGCAAGUUCAUUGGAAAAACUGUCAUGAAUUGUAUAUACCUAACUUUGUAUGUAUACCAGUAAACCCUGUGCUCUAAAUAAAACAACUCUGAGCUCAUAA